AUGCAAGUACACACCUGCAAGUUUCACCACUGCCUCGUACCUGAUAAGAAUGGUCAAUAUCAGUGCAAAUGGAGAGCACCAUUCAAUUUAUCUGAAGAAGAUUCCAUUGAUGACCAAGGCCAUUGGAAAUCCAAGUGGCUUUUCAGUUACCUGAAUGGAUGGGUCCCUGCUAUCACACUCAAUGCAUGUUGCAACAAUGAUGGGAAAUUACUCACCAAUGGCGCUGAUACCAAAAAUGUGAUGUUCUAUGUCACCAUCUACCAAACCAAGAAGCAGGGCAAGCACUUCAACAUGUCUGCACUGCUGGCAAAGGGGUAUGCAUAUCACUCUCACCAUACAGCAUAUCUCAAUAGUCUUCAAGACAAUCAGAGACUGCUACUGUUCAGGCUGAUUCACACCAUCAAUUGGGAGCAAGAACUAGCUGCCCCAAUGGUUAUUUCAUACCUAAUGGGGUGGGGCGACACUUACCAUUCUCAUCACUAUUCCCCAGUCUACUGGUCAUCAUUCAUUUCAGCACUAUUGAAGGAUUUUCCUGCUCUCAGUCAUACCCAGGGGUCUAAAGAGGAGGGGAAGGAUAGUGGUGGUAACAGCAAUGCAGCAAGGUGA